CUGCCCAUUCCCAGUAUGGAAGAACACAAUGGCUCUUCAGAGACUCCUGCCCUGAGCCAAGGCCGGCACAUUGCCAUCAAGUGUGGGUGGCUGCGGAAGCAGGGGGGCUUUGUCAAGACCUGGCACACGCGCUGGUUUGUCCUCAAGGGGGACCAGCUCUACUACUUCAAAGAUGAAGAUGAAACCAAGCCCUUGGGUACCAUCUUUCUGCCUGGAAACAGGGUUAUUGAGCAUCCCUGCAAUGAAGAAAGUCCAGGAAAAUUCCUUUUUGAAGUUGUUCCAGGAGGAGACCGAGAGCGGAUGACAGCUAAUCAUGAGACCUACCUACUCAUGGCCAGCACGCAGAAUGACAUGGAGGAUUGGGUGAGAUCCAUCCGCAGGGUUAUAUGGGCACCCUUUGGAGGAGGAAUUUUUGGGCAGAAGCUGGAAGACACGGUGCGGUACGAGAAGCGCUAUGGGAACCGCCUGGCUCCCAUGCUGGUGGAGCAGUGCGUGGACUUCAUCCGCCAGCGGGGGCUGAAGGAAGAAGGCCUUUUCCGACUGCCUGGGCAGGCUAAUCUCGUCAAGGAGCUACAGGAUGCAUUUGACUGUGGAGAAAAGCCUUCUUUUGACAGCAACACAGAUGUGCACACCGUGGCUUCACUGCUCAAGCUGUACCUAAGGGAACUCCCAGAACCAGUUGUACCGUAUGCAAAAUAUGAAGAUUUUCUUUCCUGUGCCAAGAUGCUCAGCAAGGAGGAAGAAACGGGCCUGAAAGAACUGGUGAAGCAAGUAAAGAGCCUGCCAGCUGUCAAUUACAAUCUGCUGAAAUACAUCUGUAGAUUCCUUGAUGAAGUCCAGUCAUAUUCAGGUGUGAACAAAAUGAGUGUGCAGAACCUGGCUACAGUUUUUGGCCCCAACAUCCUGCGCCCCAAAGUGGAAGAUCCUCUGACUAUCAUGGAGGGUACAGUAGUAGUCCAGCAGCUCAUGUCAGUGAUGAUUAGCAAACAUGAAGAGCUGUUUCCCAAGGAUAUAGACCCUCAGAUGGGACCUGAGGUGUGCAACAACAACAAUGAAAUUCCAAAGAAAACUACUGCAGGGCAGCUACAGAACAAAGAGAACAACAAUACCAAGGAGGCGGCAGUGAGGCGUUGCUCUUGGGACACACCCGAGUCUCCCCAAAGGGGAAGCAUGGACUGCGAGUCUCCGACUGCUCUGCCAGGCAGCAAGACAAAUAGCCCCAGGAACAGCAUCCAGAAACCAGAUGUCACCAGGAGCCCACCACUCAUGGUGAAAAAAAAUCCUGCUUUUAAUAAAGGUAGCGGCAUAGUCACCAACGGGUCCUUCAGCAGCUCUGUGGAGGGCCCGGAGAAAAGCCAGACCUUACCAAACUGCUCCCUGCAAGCCAGGAGAACGUCAUCCCUGAAAGGGCCGGCGACCAAGAUGGGGACACAGAGUGUGCAGAACGGAGGGGUGCGGAUGGGCGUGUCCAGCACGGACGGGCACAGCAGCACCCUCGGCAGCCGGAGCCCGGGCUGGGUGCCCAAUGGCUACGUCACUCUGAGGGACAACAAGCAGAGGGAGCCAUCGGUGGGGGAGUCAGGCCAGCACAACAGGCUUUCCACCUAUGACAAUGUGCACCAGCAGUUCUCUAUGGUGAACUCUGAUGACAAACAGAGUGUGGACAGUGCCACCUGGUCCACGUCCUCGUGUGAAAUAUCCCUCCCAGAGCACUCCAACUCCUGUCGCUCAUCCACCACCACCUGCCCUGAGCAGGACUUUUAUGCGGGUAACUUUGAAGACUCUGUGCUGGAUGGGCCACCACACGAAGACCUCUCUAACCCAGGUGACUAUGAGAACAAAAGUGACAGGAGGAGUGUGGGGGGCCAUAGUAGCCGUGCCACCAGCAGCAGUGAUAACAGUGAAACGUUCGUGCCCAACAGUUCCAACAACCACAGUGCUUUGCACAGUCUGGUGUCCAGCUUGAAGCAAGAAAUGGCCAAGCAAAAACUAGAAUAUGAGACAAAGAUAAAAAGCCUGGAGCAGAGAAAUCUCACCCUGGAGACUGAAAUGAUGGCCCUGCAUGAAGAGCUGGAUCAAGAGCGGAAGAAGUUCACAAUGGUGGAAAUCAAAAUGCGUAAUGCAGAGAGGGCAAAGGAAGAUGCAGAGAAGAGGAAUGAUAUGCUGCAGAAGGAAAUGGAGCAGUUUUUCUCUACUUUUGGAGAACUGACAGUCGAGUCUCGCAGACCAGAAAGAGGCAACACCAUCUGGAUCCAGUGA